AUCCCAAAAACAGGGUUAGGGCUUACAUAUCCGGAGGAAAUUGUCAUAUUUUUUUAAAAUCUUAAACUAGCAAAUUCACCAGUUUAUUUAAACUUUAAUAAUGUUUCAUAUUGGGAUGAUCGGCAGAAAACGUUCUAUAGACAAGUCCAGAUUUUAAGCCGAUGCAUGCUUUACAAAUGUUUAUACAAGGACUCGUUGUACUUCCUCUAAUGGUCAUGUGAUACGGGCUGCCUAUUCUCUUCCGUCGGGUGCAGCAGGUCUGAAGACAAGUUGUCUUAGGUCAAAAGUUUGUAUUCCUGUCUUAUUCUAGGUUUGAAACAGAACACCACCAACAUGGCAGAACUAUCGUUAAAGUUUGUGAUCACCAUUUCUGUGAUAACCCUGUUUUGGGGUUUUGUCGGAAUCGUCGUGCCCUGGUUUAUCCCCAAAGGACCAAACAGAGGAACGAUAGUCGUAAUGCUGAUUUUAACUGCAGCUUGCUGCUACCUGUUCUGGUUGAUAGCAAUUCUGGCCCAGCUGAACCCACUUUUUGGGCCUGCUCUGACCAAUGACACCAUCUGGUACCUGAAGUAUCACUGGCCUUAAUUUACAUUUCCAGGACUCCUGACCAUGCAGCAGAAGAGGACCUGGCACUGCUGCAUACCAAUGGACCGUUCCUUCUGAAUUGCCUUAUUCUCAGAUCUCUGUGUGAUCAAUGAGUGAUGCCCGCACUGUUGCCUUGUACAAAAAUAAUUCCCAAAGGACUUCUGAAGAGAUCUUACUGGAUGUACUUUAUCUUAAAUUAAAGCAGCCUUCACUUGG